AUGAAAUUGAUGAUGAAAACGGCUAUAAUAGUGAAGAUAAAAUCCAAGAGCUUCAAGAAUUAAUACAGUUUCUUAUUUCUAAAGGAAAACUAGGAUCAAGUCUUUUAAUUAGUACUGAAUUGUUCCUUACUUAUAUAUUAAAUCAGAAAUGUCCUACUUGUCAAAAUAAAAAUAUAAAUGAAAAAAGAUAUAAAAUAAAAGUUAUAGAAUUGUCUGUAAAAAUUAUAGUUACUUGCUACCACUGUCAAGUAGAAACAUUUUAUGGAAAUGAAAUACCUGGAAUAGAAUUUUCUAAUCUUGUAGCUGAAGCAGGACUGGCUGGUGGUGUUAAUCAUAAAGAAAUUAAAGCUGCUGCAGAAAAAAGCGCAAAUAAUGCAUUAUGUGUAGUUUGUGAAAAAAUUGGUUCAAACAAAAAAGAAACUUUAGAAGUAGGAUUUGAUUGUGCGUGGAGUAAAGUUAGAGAGGCUUCUCAAGCAAGUGCUAAAUUUAUUUAUAAUGGAACACCAGAAG